AUGGCCUGGGCGCUGUCCUUUCCCAGCCAGAAACGAGGAGGGGAAGAGUAUGUGGUUGCGUAUGCGAGUCGGACAUUAACGGCUGCAGAACGGAAUUACUCAACAACUGAAAAGGAAUGCUUUGCUAUAGAGUGGACUGUGAACUAUUGGAGACCAUAUUUACUGGGGAAAACCUUCGAGGUGAUAACCGAUCAUCAGUCGUUGACAUGGUUGCAAGGUCUAAAUGCACCGAAAGGUAGAUUAUCACGUUGGAUUGUGGCAUUGCAGGAGUGAGAGUUCGUAAUUACACACCGCCCGGGGCGUAAGAAUGAGAAUGCAGACGCCUUUUCACAAUUCCCGCAACCACUAACUACCCAGAUAGUUGACGAGGGCAUGAAUGAGGAAAUGCGGGUCGGGGCAGCAGCCACAUAUGAAGUCAUAGAACAGUUAAACAAAACUAAGGGAGAAGCAGAAAGUGAGGAAAAGUUGAAGCAAAAUGGUGAGCUGAAACGUUAUAGACAGUUAUGGACGCAACUGAUAAUGCUGGACGGAAUUCUACACCGUCGUGUAGAUCAAGGUACACCAGAAGAGAGAACAGUUUUAGUGGUCCCUCAGAAAAUGCGCACAGAUCUGUUAAAACUUGCAUAUGACGAUCCUGGCUCAGGACACAUGGAGAUCAACCGAUGUGUGGAACGAUUAAUAUUACAACAAAACUACUACUGGCCAGGUAUAGCUUCAGAAGUUCAGUUGUGGGUGGCCGAAUGUGAGCAAUGUGAUUACAUUGCCGUAAUCGCC